AUGAAGAACCCAGGUCGAUCAUUCCGGCCGGAAUCUGGCGGCAAGGAAAUGUUUCUCUUUUGUGACAUUUCAGAUCGAUUUCGUGUUUUUGCGUGUCCGUGUUAUCAAGAUGGGAUUCCUGAUGAUCAACAGGAAUGUGUUUUCAACGUUGAAAAUCAAGAUGAACAACUUCGCGGUGAACAAUUCGACAGUUUUUGGAACCAUGUUCGAUCUGUGCAUCCAUUGACAUACAAUGAGAUUAUUUUAUCGUAUCGUGCACAAAUACCCGUCGAUUCAAUAAAUACAAAAGAUUGUUCGACCUGGGUUGCUCUGAACAAAAUGAAUGGUGCUGAAUUCCUCAAAGAAUUCAAGACAGCAUUGAAGGAAUUGAACAAUCAAGUCACCGUUCCGACCCAGCCGAUCAAUCCCAACACCACUGCAGAUUCUUCCUCGAUGUCGAAAUUCAUGUGA